ACUCCACUGGUUUCAGGCCGUGUCCGAGUCUUCGUGUCUCUUAGCUACACCUUUGUCCCUGGCCCCUUUCUACUGAGGUUUUGCAUGCCCUGACUUCUCCUUGCAUCAACAUCUACAUUCUUCGGGCAUCAUUCCUGAUGCAAGGUCACGACCAGCCCUUUGCCUCUACAGAGCUGCAGUUUGUUUCAGAUUCCAGUAUGCGCCGUUUCUGCGACAAUUUGAUCCCGCUGUCUAAUCGUGCCCAGCAUGCUCUCUAUCCCUUUUGACAAUAUCCCAAGGAAACGCAGAUCUAGCUGCCGUUUUACGUACUCCAUUUCUUUUGUCUAGAGCCCCAAAUGGUGGUUUCGGGUUUAAAAUGAUUGCAGUAAUGUACCAAGCAAUGAGGAGAACAAAUGGAAAUUGUUCGUCCGCCUUGUGGUAUUACAACAUCUGAGCUGCCAAUUGCCCCCACCCCACUUUAAAAUUCUGUCCCUUUUUUUUAAUCCUCGGGCUUCUAUCCAAAGUCCAGGAACGGCUCUUUUUUUUUAUUUGAACCUGUCAAAUCCGUAGCAUUGCGUUUAACUAUCGUGGAUCAUAAUAGACACGCUCAGAGAAUGACAGCCUUACCAUUCCAAUGAACCGGGUACGAUUCUGACCUUUAGUUGUGGGUCGAUAUGUGUGGAGUAGAGUUUGCAUGGUCCCCAUGAUUUUCGUCGAUUCCCUCUAAGUGUUCUGUUGCCAGAUGCUUCCCCAGUUAAAAGAUGUGCUGGUUGCCUGAAGUUGCUGUAAUUUGCCCUUAGUGUAGGCGGUUUGUCUGGGUUAUAUUGGGCAUGUACAAGGAAAUACAUUACAGACAAAUGUGGGGUUUUGGGAUUAAUAGGAUAGCUUUGAGAGCUGCCUUAGGUUGGUGGACUGAAUACUCUCCCAUGUAUUAGGAAUAUGAGCAUAAUGCGAAAUGAGUUGUUCUACUAUUAUAAUUUUUGUUUCUUCCAGACACCAUAAUAUAUUUUUUUUCAUGACCCAUGGUAGAGCUAAUAGGACUUGAUAUUUCAAUCCCUAUGAUAAAGUCAGCACUCUCGAUGGUGGCAGUGGGCUUGGAGUGGUGAUGAGGAGGGUAGCUACAUCAUCGGGGUCGUCAGGUGGGCACCCUCCUUCUUUGACAUUUCAUUGAUAAGCCCACGACGUCUCCAGACAGCUCAACGGUGCUACCUGGCGUCCCAGAUACACCUCGCCCUCAGUUCCGUACCCUCCUGUCUUCAUCUUGCAGCCCAGUUGUUGUAUUUCCUUUUAAUCCAAAUCCAGUUACUGCUUUCUUCUGCUGCAUUUGACAAGGACUUGAUUGCUUGUUGGAGGGAGACACCCCUCACCCCAAUCUUCUUUAAUAGACUGGUUGUAGAUGUAGCAACAAAUCCCCUGCAUCCCACUUCUACAGGGAAAAUCUUGAUCUUCCAGCCGUUCUGAGCAGCUUCCGUUGCCAGUUCAGAGUACUUGGUCUUUUUCCUCUCAUAAGCUUCUUCAAUGCCUUCCUUCCAUGGUACUGUCAAUUCCACAACAUAUGCCAGCUUGGCUGUUGUGGGCCACAGGACUAUGUCUGGCCGGAGUGUUGUAGCCGCAAUGUCUGGGGGAAACACAAGCUUUUUCUCCAAGUCCACGUCCAUUUUCCAAUCCCGAGCAACAUGCAGAAUGCUUAUAUCCUUUGAUGUUACUUGGUGCCCUGGAGGUUGGCCUGCUGGUACAAAUCGUGUAAUGUGGACAUUUCCUGCCGAUGUUUGUGGGAGAGCGUUUACGGUGGUUUGCCUCUGUUCCAAGAUUGAUGCCAGCGGUCUGAGAACUUGGUUAUGCCGCCAAGUAUACCGCCCCUGGCUGAGCUUCAUGGUGCAUCCUUUAAAAAUGUGCUUUAGUAAUCCAGGUGCUUGACAAAGAUAGCAAGUGGGGUCUUCUCCUCACCACUGGUUCAGGUUUUGAGUUGUUGGUAGGAGGUCAUAAAUGGCUCUGAUGACAAAACUUAGCAGAGAUCCCUCCAGCUCCCAGAUGUCGCGCCAACUGAGUUUCCUCUUUUCCAGGCUCUCCCAAUUAGUCCAUUGGCCCUGCUUAGCCAUUGAGACUGCCCUGGCAUAUUGCUCUGCCUCCUCCUGUCUUCUCACCUCCUCCACCACGGCCAUCUCUUCUGCACUGAUGUUGCCUUGUGCCAUUGAGGAGCCCUUGAGAUGAGCCCGAGCCCGGCUCUCCCAAAUUGGACUUGGCCAACCACAUCCCUGAAGUGAAGAGCAGACCUAGCACUCUGAACGGCUUCAGAUGGGGUCCACUUCCUCCCGUUGCCACACGGGGGGGGGGGGGGGCCGCUGUUCGAAUAACAGUAUCUUCUGACUCAGUGAGGGUCAUAACCAACAUUACUUUGGUGCAUUUGACUUGCAAUUGAUAAUUCUAAUUUGCAGUUCCCGUACAGUCCAACAGGAGGACUUAAGUCCAAGCCACUGUUUCACAUGUGUGCUGAUCAUUCUUUCAAGCUUUUCCACCUUGUUGAUGGGGAUUUCAUACACUGUUAAAGGCCACAUGAGUCUUGGGAGUAUACUGAACUGGAAGCACCACAGCUUGAGUUGUCCUGGCAGCCAGGUCUUGUUUAUGCGAGCUAUGUACAUGAUGGUAUCCGUUUUGAGUUGUUUAAACUGCUCAGUGUCCUUGAGCUUAGCAUCAUACCCAUUCACAUACCUAUUCCUUUAAUUCUUCCUACACCAUCCAGCCCCACUAUACUUAACUUAAACUUGUGAAAGGAGAUUUGUCUGAAAUAUUUCUUCUCUCACCACAGAGUACUUAAAGCUGAUUCUAAUUUUAUUUUGUUUCCCUGCACCUUGAUUGCACUUCCCUGUAUGUCGGCUGGCCAAGGCAAACAUUAUGUUGCCAAUUUCAAUUGUGAGUAGCUUCAUUUUGUUUUACUCAUCACGAAGGACAUUCACUUCUAUUACUGAAGGACACGAGAUUCUGCUGAUGCUGGAAAUCUUGAGCAAAGUACACAGAGUGCUGGUGGAACUCAACAGGCACCUAUAGAGAGAAAUAAGUAGGCAGUGUUUCAGGUCAGGACCCUUCAUCAGGACUGGCAAAGGAGUACAAGUGGAUCUUAUUCAAUCACAAUGUUGAAUCAAGAUUUAUAUUUUGAAGUUAUGAAAAUUUAAGUAUUUCAGAGAAAAUGAAUGUGCAAGAGAAAAAUAGUCCUAAGCUGAAGAAAUCCUUUGUUGCAAAACCUUUAGAAGAAAAUAAAAUACUUGAAGAAGAUGAAAAUCAAGAGUGUGGUCCUGAAGGAAUUACUGACUUUGCAAACUACUUCAAUCAACUUGAUUUAUUAGAGACACAUAGACAUCUGAUACCUGUGGGAACACACAGUUUGUGGCACGGAGAGUCCGAUGAUGAAGAGGAGGAAGCUGAAAAUGAUGCUUAUUUUAAAGUGAAAGAGAAAGAGCUGGAAAAUGACCCAGCAAAUCUAUUACUUUGGGCAUCUGAGAAAAACCAGGUUUCUAUAGUAUGCAGACUUCUCUCAGAAAACCCAGAUCUUGUUAAUGUUAAAGAUGAUGACCACUACACACCACUUCAUAGGGCUGCCUACAGUGGUCAUAUUGAGAUCGUUCGGAAGUUGAUAGCUCAAGGAGCAGAUGUGCAUGCUCGUACUAUAGAUGGCUGGACACCUUUGCACAGCGCUUGUAAAUGGAACAAUGCAGAAAUAGCUUCAUUUCUUCUGCAGCAUGAUGCAGAUGUCAAUGCCCAGACUAAUGGUUUACAUACAGCAUUACAUCUUGCUUCAGGAAGUAAAGACACCAAGGAAGUUAUUGAAUUGUUGUUAAUGAAUCGCUACAUCAAUUCCGAUCUAAAAAAUAACUUGGGUGAGACAGCCUAUGAUAUUGCUUGUCGAACAAAUAUUCAUUAUUACCUCUUUGAAAUUGCAGAACACUGCACAAAUUCAGUAUCUGGGACAAAAUGACUCACCUUAAAGUACAGUCACCUAAACACAAACCCGCAGUCAUUUUUAUUGAGUGGAAAUUAGGUACAUCUCUUUAAGUUUAAAUUAAUAUCGUAACUCUUUUCAAUAUCAAUAUGAAAACCAUCAAUUUCCUAUUUACCCAUAAGUCAGUGUUUAGUCAACUUAUUGAAAACAUGUUGCAAUUUUUGGUGAAAAAGAUAUAACUUUUUUUUGAAGUUAGUGUCUUUUAUUCUGUUGUAAUGAGUUGAGAAAAAUAAACCAGCUACUUUCCAUUGGCUAUAAUAGUACUCUGAUCUGAAUCUUUUGCUUCCUCCAUGCUGUAGUAUCAGAUUCUCCAUCUAUGUAGCUUGCAAAAUUCAAAAACACUAAGGGAGAUGUUAGAACAUUGAAACAAAAAUCAGUGUGUUACUCUCAGUAAGUUGGGACUUCUAUUGGUAAGGUGAAAAGGAAGUAAUUUUAGUGGAUUGCCUAAGAGAAACAUUGGAUAUGUGUACAUAAUAUUACACUGGAGACAAGCAUUUACUGUUGCACUGUUAAUGUCACUGGGACAUUUGCCCUAAAGGUUCCCAGCACAAGAAAAAUGCUGAAAGCUGGUGAUCAAAUUUUAAACUGGUCACAAAAUGCCCACAAAUGGAUGUGAUUUUGCUCCCCUGUAGGUUAAACCUGUUUGUAAGUGAACAAUACUUUCUCUCAUUGUUGUGUGAAGGAAUUUCUUGGCCACUGUAUCUAAUAACAUAAAAGAUGCUGGAGUAGGCUAUUUGACCCACUGUUCCUGCUUUGAUACGGCUGAGAUUUGCAGUUAAGCGCCUUUUCAAUUUUGCUGGAGCCAUUGAUGCAUUUGUAAGUUGCUUGCUGCAGACUAGGCACAGUGAAAUAGCGGUUAAUAAAAUGUUUUUAAAAAGGCAUAAUAAAUGACUAUACAGGAAAACCACAAAAAAUACGAAAACUUCACAAUACAAUAAACUUCUGCACAGUCCAACAGCAGAAGCAAAGUGGCAGGCUAGCAGCUGAGUCACAGUGCAUAAACAUUCCUCCUUUAGAAUGAAAAUGUCACUCCAAUUUUCUACCACACUGGUAGUUUGUUCACUCCCAUAAGUCAGUUGGCAGUAAGCAAGGGCAAGUUGGGAGGGGUGGGGGGCUGAUGUCACAGCUCAAGUUGUGCGAGUCCAUUCAAUGCUCAGAAAAUGCUCUUCAUGCUUCUCAUCAGCCUACUGUCCUCCCCUCUGUGCAAUACAGCGCUCCCUAAUUAUCAAUAGUCUCCCUCUGUACAAUACAGCCCUCACCAAUUAUUGGCCUACCAUCCUCUCCUCUGUGCCAUAUGGCACUCACCAAUUAUCAAUAGCCUCCCCAUUUCACAUCAAAAACUAAGAACAAGAUCCUACUGCGCACUGCCAUACUGGACUGAAAGACCUAACGAGGUUGUGAACGGGGCCGCUCGGUCACUGCCCAACAUCAAAAAACAAUGUUUAUUUCUUUUAUCAUGAUUUCUCAGGGAUCCCCUAUAGACCUCUCAGAAUCCUGUUUGAGAAACUCUGUUAUAUAUCAACUCUUUAUUGGUACAUUGUUGGCAUAAAGUUCAUGACUAUUAUUCAUCACCUGGGUAGUGCUGAUCCAUUUUAGAAAAGUUUUGAUAAUUCCUUUAGAAGAUCAGGAAAGUUCUGCUGUUUUCCUACCAGUUAAAAACAGAUGUUGCUUGAGUUUCUCUAAAUGUCCAGGAAAAUGUGAUGAGUUCCAAGUAUACAUCUCCCUAAUUUUGCAAGGACUGAAUGAGUCAGUUUGCUGGGAAAGCUGUUCCUUGCUAUGUAGUCAUCACAUAACAUGGUAGUUUUCCUACUCUCUGGAUGUUGUUAAUCCCUAGAUGUAGAAUUAUGGAUUUAAAAUGGCCCAAAAUUUCCAGUACCAAAGACCUAUGUCUGAGUCAAAAUAGUGGUCUCCUACAGAGAACAUUUCUACUGUGAACAAAAUCAAGAUUAAGUCACUCAAAUGGUGUAAUAGAAAACUUUGUAUUGUCUGAAUACCUGAAUCAUAGACUUGUUGAAACUGCUGAUGGUGGGGAGCAAUGUUCCCUCUUAACUUUUUUACAGUUGCAUGGACCAACCAUUACUCUGAGCAGGAACUUAUUACAUGGCCUGAAAAAUGUGGGGCACCUUAAAUGUUUUUUUUUGUAAUAUGUGUACUCUGAUUAUUUAGAAUGAAAAUUUAAAUAUCUUGUACUUUUAUUUAUUCAUUGAAGGGUAUAAUGAAAUACAGUGUAACAAAGAAAAUCUCAUGUUUCAUAAACUUAAACUUAGAUGGCAUCUCCGUUCAGCGGGCCAACAGUUUAUUAACAAUGAGCUAUUAACUUCUAUUCUGUGUUUAUUGUUACAGUUUGUAAUAUUGUUGUAACUUGAAACCCUGACAAUGUAAAUACUCUAAAAUGUUUCAAAGUAAAGGUGGUAUAUUCAUUA